AUGUUCCGUUGGUUGAUUUUGGUACUGUCUGGCGUCACGUUCAUCGUCCACGCACAGAUGCUGCAAAGCACAGCGCUGUUUACCACAGCAUUCGAUGUGUCUUCAAUGAAUGUUGAAGGCAGCAUGUUUUUCGCAACAGCGAAUGGCGACAGGAGUGUGAGUAUUCACAAUUGGACCGGGCAAGCCUUAGUGGAGAUACAGAGCAUCAGCACUGAGGGUGCACUUGACGUUGAGUUUUUCGUUAUUGGCAAUGUCAGCUAUUUGGGCGCGGCACAUUACUGGACGGCAAGUGGACAACACUACAUUGAUUCGAAGGUGUACAAGUGGAAUGGUGCAACGUUCGUGGAAUCUCAAAGCAUCAGUACUGGCGGCGCAAGGAGGUUGAAGGUUUUCGACAUUGAUGGUAUUACGUACCUUGUUUUUGCAAACGACAAGAUCAAACCUGCGGUUUACCAAUGGAGCGGCCUGCAAUUCGAACUUUUCCAAGACCUGGAUUGUUGUGGAGCUCAUGGUGUGGACGAAAUUGCAAUCGAUGGCAUCCACUAUCUUGGGAUUGCUUUCAUCUACGCGGAUGGGUCAUAUAGCACGGACUCACGAAUAUACAGAUGGAACGGUACUGCAUUCGAGCAAUUUCAAUCUCUUAGAACAGUCGGAGCACUGCAAAUGAAGUUUUUCGUCAUAGACAAUGUCACAUUUUUGGCAGUGGCAAGCUUUCAAAGUAGCACAUCAUCUUUCGAGAUUGAUUCGAAGAUCUACCAAUGGAAUGGUGCCUCAUUCGAGGAGUUUCAAAACAUCGGCACGAGUGGUGCUGCUGGCUGGGAGCACUUCGUCAGUGAAGGCACUGCCUACCUGGCGGUUGCGAACAAUUACGACGGCAGCUCCUAUGCUGUGGAUUCGGCAAUCUACAGAUACAACGUUGAUCAUGUCUUGAACAUAGGCACAGCCGGUGCGAGCAACUGGCAUGCAGUCUUUGUGGAUGACCGUCUUUUUCUUGCCGUUGCGAACCGGGCGGGCGACUCGGUGGUUUACCAGUACCUCCCACCCACCGUGACGCAGGUGGAAGAUUUAAAAGUCAUGUGUUCCAGCUUUGUUCCAGCUUUGCACUUGCCAGACCACCAGCAGCAUCACGGCGAUCGUCACGACGACCAGUACUUCAGCCUCAAGCAGCACAAGGACAAGUACCACAAGCACGACCAGUACUUCAGCCUCAAGCAGCACAAGGACAAGCACCACAAGCAUGAGUACCAGUACUUGGAGUUCCAGCACCACGACAAGUUCUUGGACCUCACGCACGAAGACAAGUACUUGGACGUCAUCCAUGACAAGGAUUUUCGAUUCAAUCUUCAAUGCUCGAACUGA